AUGGGUUUCCUAUUCGGCGCGCAGGCCGCCUACGCCGAGCGACCUGGCUCGCACCCCCUUGGGCGUUGGGCGUUCGUUUGGGCCGGCUCAUUUGCUGUCCUUUUUGAUGAGCUGACCGAUUACAACUUGGAGCCUGUAAAGGGCCUUGACAAGGUGGUUCGGUGGGAGAAAGAUCUUGGCUACAAGCGUGCAACAGUAACCAAUGCCCCCAUGAUCAAUGCAAAGCUCAUGAUCAAGCUUCUUGGUCUAUCAGACUUCUUCGAGGCUGUGAUAGUUGGAGGCGAAUGCGAGAAACCAAAACCCGCACCGUUCCCGUACCUGAAGGCCCUCAAGGAGCUUCAAGUAUCUGCAGCACACACCUUUAUCUUCGAGGAUUCCGCUUCAGGGACACGAGUAGACGUUGCAGCGGGAAUGCCCGUCGUCGCCGUCUUGACGAGGAUCCCGGAGAAGUCCCUAGAGGAAGCUGGGGCGUCAUUGAUCGCCUGUGACUAUGAAGACCAGAAGCUGUGGAACGCGCUCGAGGAUAUUGAUAGGGAGGAAGCGAAGCUAAAGGCUGGUGGAGCCUGA